AUGUCUGCGGAUUCAUUCCACCAUCAGAUUGAACUUUCCAUGAAACAUAUGGGUAAAAUAUAUGACUUUUGUGAUUAUGAAAAAUCAAUAAAGAAUUCAAAUAAAGGCCAUGUAGAUGUUAAAGUAUUAGAUGGCAAAGAUUUUUAUGAUUGGAAGUCAGAAUGCUCUUUGUAUAAACUAAACAAACAAAUUAAUCGCCCAAUGUUGAAUAGUAUAGUUCAUAUAAGGGCCGAAAGAGGACUGAAAUACUUAUUAUACAAAUGUACAUAUGAUGAGUAUACUCCGUACCAAAUGCUAGACUUCUUAAAACUAUCAUUCAUUAAAAAAGAUAUUGAAAAACCUCAACAAAAAAAUGAAUUAAGGGGUAUUCAUCCGGAAAAAAAACAAAGUAUUAUAAAAACACUAGUCCCGCUUAUGCCAAAGAGUAGACAAUAA